AUGACAAUCAGAUUCAAUAAAAUUGCACCAGUGCCACAGGCAAAUGAGCUAGUCGACAUCUGUCUCAGUAAAACGAACAGAGGAACACCAACAGUCAUCCAUAGACACCUUGAGAUCACAAGAAUACGAAACUUCUACAUCAGAAAGAUCCGCUUCUGUGCUGAGCAGUUUUCAGAGCGAAUUGAGCACAUUCUGGCUGAAUUCCCUGUUCUGGAUGACAUUCACCCAUUCUUCAGUGAGCUAAUUACAAUUUUGUACGAUAAAGACACCUACAAAAUAUCAUUAGGCAAGUUGAACUCAACCAGGGGUAAAAUAGGCCAAAUUGCAAAGCAUUCCAUCAAAAUGAUCAAAUACGGUGAUACGAUGUACAGGUGCAAGUGUCUGAAACGUGCUGGACUGGGGCAGAUGGCCAGUCUCGCAAGCAAAUUGAAGAACGAGCUGAAGUACCUUGAGGAAGUCAGGCAGCACUUUAAUAGGCUUCCGCACAUAAAUCCACUUGGUCGAACUGCGAUUGUUGCUGGAUUCCCAAACGUAGGGAAGUCGUCCUACGUUGCAGCAGUCACCAAAUGCAAGAGCGAGGUCGCAGACUACGCCUUCACGACCAAGGACAUCUUUGUUGGACACGUUGAGCACAAGAGUCUCCAAUACCAGUUUCUUGAUACGCCUGGAAUUCUGGAUCACGCCCUGGAUGAAAGGAGCAGGGUUGAGAUGCUUACAAUUGGAGCAAUGGCCCAUCUAAAGAGCGUAGUUCUCUUCUUCAUUGAUGCAAGUGGGACAUGUGGCCACAGUUUGGCCGAACAGGUUGCCCUCUUCAAUUCCAUAAGUGUCCUAUUGAACUCCAAGUUCAUUAUUGUUCUGGCAAAGGGCGAUUUGGUGAAAGAGGUGCCAGUUGAAUUGAAUGAGUUUCUAGAGAAUAAGGUGGUAGUUACCAUUUCAAGAAUGGAUAAGGAAUCAUUCUCAAGACUAACCAGUUUGGCUUGUGAGACAAUAUUGGAUGAGAAGGUGGAGAUGAAACAGGAGAAGGUGGAUGGGUUUAUGCACCGAAUAAGAGUAGUUGAAAGCAGGCAGAAGCUGCCAAUUUAUCAAGGAAGCCAUCUUGGAACAAACAGUCUAAGUGGAAUAAGGAUGGAGAAUGAGGCGUAUUUGACUAGUGAGAAGUACGAUACAAUUCCAGAAAUAAUGAAUGGGAAGAAUAUCAUGGAUUUCUAUGGCCAUGGGAAUAUUCUGGAAGCAGUGAGGCAGAUUGACGUAGCAUGCAGGAAUGCGGAGGAGUACGAUGUAUUGAAUAAGGAAGAAUACGAGUUGUACGACCAGAUUAAUGACUGUAGGAGAAAGGCAGUACAGCAGAACAUAUUCAGAAAGAGGGGACUGGUUGUGAAGGGACACGAAGUGGAGGAAGCCACCGUGGCCAAUGAGCAGAGCACGAGGCCAAAUGCAGGCAGUGUCAAACACAACAAGAAAGUGAAACAGGAGAGUGAGAAGAGAGUUGUGGACAAUAAGCCACGUCACUUGUUUAGGGGCAUCUCAAACAAGCAUGCUCGAACAAGGUAA